AUGUUUCCCCCCAGCAGCUUCUCUGACCUCCAUCUACAGUACACGGACAAAGCCCUAGUCAUCGGGAGGUCCUCUUCGCCGAUCGGUCCAACAUUUUACGAUUUGGAUGAUGAAUUGAUAUUCGAGCAGCUGUUCUUCCAGGAAGGGCAGGUGACUGAAGCUCGAGCUGAUGUUGAUAUAAAUUUCACCGGUUCGUGUUAUAUGAUGGUCGAGACAACCGAAGGUGCCAAUCAAGCAGGGAAUCCCAUCUCACCUGACCGGGUCUUGCCUUCAAUGGUCCGUCCCAGCAAGAAAACAAGGGGCAAAGCUGCAGGUUCGAGGAAAUUACAGUUGAUGCCUCGGAAGAGAAUCGGGAAGAAGGAUAGGCACAGCAAGAUCCGUACGGCGCAGGGCCUCAGGGACCGGAGGAUAAGACUGUCUGUCCACAUCGCUCGCAAGUUCUUCGACCUUCAGGAGAUGUUGGGCCUUGACAAGGCCAGUGAGACCAUCGACUGGCUGUUAUCAGAGUCCGAGGGUGCCAUCGAUGAACUCUCCAAGAAAAAGUGCUCGCAUUUGAACAUGGACUCCACACCUGAGAGCGCGGUGGUAUCGGAAACAAAGGAGGCCGAAGAGGAGGAGGAGGAAGAAGAAGGCGGCCAAGAGAGUGGACAAAGCAAAGAGAAAAAAGCUUGCAGGAUUACUCGCACCAGAAGGGACUCGAGGAACAAGGCGAGGGAGAGAGCAAGGGAAAGGACAAGGGAGAAGUUGGUGAUGAAAGGGCUGAAUGUAGAAGAUUCAAAGCAAGCCAAUGAGAAGCCGGGGAACCCUAAGGGCGGAAAUCUUGAUGGUAGGGUCCUCGGCUCACCAGACAAUUGUAGGGAUUCAGAUCAUUUUGGUGGCCAUGAGAUGAAUGCUUCGAGCAUUAUCGAGAGAUUCCUCGGAAUCACGAGCACGACGACUAAACCCAGCUCAUAUCCGGAUCUCAACUUAGAAUAUGGCUGCUACGAGAUGAUUGGAGGAGUGGAUUUUCUGGAAGGUAAUGUCCAAGAAAUUGCUGAUAGUAACUCACCCUCACUCUUCAUGGCAUCCUACGGCGGUCCCCAAUGCAACCCCAAUUCCAUUCUAUUGAACAUCCCCGGGCUCAGCCAACCAAAAACGGCUUAG